CUCGCUCGUUCAUUUUAUUUUUUUUGCAUAAUGGCGGAGGCAGAAAGGGAUAUGCAGCCUGUGGAUUGUGCUAUCAUUCACAACAUCUAUGACAAUGGCAGUGCGAGGGAACACUUCGAAUUUGAGCUGGACCAGGCCCUCGAGGCAAGACGCAAUAUCAUCAUCAUAGAACCUGCUCAUCUUGGAGACGAGACCGCUCGUUGGAUCACCGUAGGGAACUGCUUACAUAAGACAUCCGUCCUUUCUGGCAUGGCCUGCCUUGUCGCCCCGGCCCUGCUACCCCAUCAGGCAGUUAACUUUAUCACUUUCCCGACAGGGACAGUAAGCGUGGCUUGUGCUCUUCUGUACGGAGUAUCGUGGCAGUCGGACCCAUGCUGUAAAUAUCAGGUUGAGUAUGACACUCGGAAUCUAUCCCGGCUACCGCUUCAUUCCCUGACGACAGCGACACCCGUAGUUCUGGUUAGAAAGGACGAUAAGUACAGGAAAGCUCUUCACAACUUUGUAGCCGGGCUAGCAGCGGCUCUUUUGGCAUACAAAGUCUACCAAUGGUGUAUUCGCUAACGCAACGCUUCAGAGUUUAAUAGUGUGUUAGUACUUUUAGAAGUUUUAAUCGCACUUAUCGCCAAAGGAAGAUGUGAACUGAUUGCUGAGGAGCUUGAUAGUGAUGAUUUCACAUUGAGUUCUGUGAUUAUCAAUCAGGCCGACUUGCCAUUGCUGGGAUUUAAUGAAGGAUUACACCUGCAAGAAAGACAAACUGUUGAGAGAUGAAGUUAUGAUGGAUUUGCUAUUGGAAUGAUGAGCCUCCAAUUCAUUGUCUGAGUUACUACUAUUUUACCAGUAUGUGUGUGUCAUUUUAUAUGUUGUGUUAAAUGUGUGAUCACUUUCAAAGAUUGUUACAUGUAGUCCAAAUCAGUUCAUUGAUGCUAACAUUGAAAUGAAGUGAGGUAUGACUAAUGAAUUGUCUGUUAGUUCUCGUGGGUGCAAAGAAGACAGUUGGAUAAUUCAGAAUCCCAAGAUUUUACCAUUUUAUUGUUUUGAUUUGUAAGUCCCAAGGUACUAUUCAACCAAGCAAUCAUUACAUUAGUAAUUUCUUUUUAUGUACCGGUACAUCAAAGGCAAUACUCUAUCCUACACUAAUUUUACAACAAAGGACUUUCUGAUUGUAAAAAGUCCUCUUUUUGAAUUGCAAUUUUUAAAUAAAAUCUGUUGCUUGGUGCUGUCUAUCAGUUUCAAGAUUACUGAACUACAUGUAAGUCCUACAAUGCUCUACAUAUAUUUACGUUAACCUUCAUUUGUUUGGCCUUUAGUAUUAAAGCAUCGUAACACCCAAUCGUAGUGAAGGUACAUGCUUGUCUAAAAAUAACUGACUUUUGAUCUUGAUCUACAUUGUACAUGUACUUAGUUUUUCCAGAAAUUUCAAGUUUGGUUCACGUUGUGAGAUCACAUGUCUUCCUAAAUUUAUUUCUCUUUCAAUUUGAGCAGUUUCUUUGAAAAUGAGCUGCAUGCGGGGUCCACUUGUAUGUGCAUUGGUGCAUACAUGUAAAUUAUAUUGAUGUUAUAGCCCAAAUGAUGCAAUAUUUGCUAAACGAUUUGAUGUAAAAUACAUGUAUUUUUGAUACCACUAGAUUUGUUUUAGUCGAGUCUGGCACACAAUUAUCAAAAAUUCUAAAUUAACAGUAUCUGAAUUUUUCUGAAAUCUCAGUGUAGAAUUCUUAAGCCACUUGAACUGAUGUUGUAUUUAUCAUGGGAAGGAAGUCAAGUCUCAGGCAUUUAAUCUAUUCCUAUGUCACAUUGACCAGUGUCAACAGUUCCAGGAAGGAAAGUGCCUACAUGUGAUAACAAAAUGUUUCCUUUGUGAACUUUCAAGACACUUUGGAUUUAUGCACUUGAUUUCUGAAAAGAUAGGAAUGGUGAUUUUUUUUUACACUCAUCACUAAAAGAUUGUUACUGAUGGAUUUGUGGUCCAUCUCAUUAACAAUGAUUUUAUCAAUUCUAUAGCAAUUCGUUCUCAUAUUAAAAAUGUUAUGGGGAAGUCCACACGUAGCUCUUGUUAUGUAAAUGUACAUGUUAUUUGAAUCUCAAAGUGCCCCCCCCUUAUACUUUAAUACAGAUUGAAAAUGUCUCUUUUUGCAAUAAUCUCCCCCCCCCAAAAAAAAAAAAAAAAUAAAUAAAAUAAAAUAAAUAAAAAAAUAAUAAUGUAUAGGAAGGACGGUCAAGUUUUAAAUGAAUAGAUGUGAGUGUGUUGGUGUACAUCGUACCUCUACAUAUGUACAUGUACUCAUAAAUGCACAGUAUGGUAAUCUUAAUACCAGCAGAAAAUUGAAUAGUGAUAGUGUACAGAAAUAUCCACAUCAGUUAUAUUUGGACUGACUUGGUACAUGCACUCUGUAGGUGCAUUCCUGUAUUUAACAACUGUACUGCACUGGAUACAAGAUUAAAGGUGUACUUCAGGCUGAAAAAAAUAAUAUAUGAUUUGAAUACAUGUAGAUUGAGUAAAAUCAGACAAACAAAACAAUGAAAAUGUCAGGAAAGGAAAAACAAAUUUACAUUUUGGUUUAAUAAUUUUGUGCAUGUCAUUAAUAUUUAAUGAGCUAGCUGAUGAUUUCAUAUUUAUUCCACUUGUUCUUUUGUAUUUUAUCAUAAGUAUUGUUUCAAAAUUUUGUCCACUAAGAGUAUGACAGAUAUUGGAUUGGCAACUAAUUUUAUGUGUAAGAUAUUCAUUGCUGCAACUUUAAUUUGUUACAAGUGAGAUCAUGUACACAGACCUGUAUGAAAAUACUGUAAUGAAAUGAUUAUGAUUUCAUGAAAUGACAUGA